GAUUUAUGACUCACCCCAGAGACACUGCCUCUACAUGUGCAGCUCAAUGGAAAAUGAGGCUUAUCGGGAUCUUAUGUGUUAUAUAUCUCACUGCUGUUUGUGCAGCUCAGGGUCCUCCAGAUGCUGCCAGACAGCCGGGAGAUACCCCUCCACCUACAACUCUGCCUGCAGCGAUCACAAAGGCUGUGCCUCACGUCCGAAUGCAGCUACAGUCGCCCUGGCCUGAAGUGUUCCCCUCCGAGAAAGUGGAGUUUAGGUGUGAUGUUACUGGCAGCUCAGACUGGACCUUCAUCUGGCAGAGAAAUAAGAAGCAAAUCAGAGAGUCAGAUCCAAACGUGUCCAUAAAUGCAGACCGAUCAGUUCUUACAAUCACUGCAGCAGAUCAGACAUAUAUGGGAUUUUAUUCCUGUACAGCUCAACACAAAACCGAAGGCAUUACUACUGCAGAAAGUAACUCAGUCGGGCUCAUAGUUCAUGACAACAAGCCCAAGCCAAUUGUGAGCAGGAAACCAAACUUUGCCAAGUUUUAUCCUGGAGAGUCUGCCACCUUUAACUGCACAGUCCAGGUGUCAUCUGGAUGGGAGUAUCUGUGGUUUCACAAUGGAAAACAAAUUCAAACAUCCAACUCUUUUACCAUAAAUCCAAUCAGCCAUAAUAACAAUGGACGCUAUCACUGCCAAGCCAAGAGAGGCAAAAGCUCAUUCUACACAGAGCAGAGCUUACCAAUAACCCUGCAAGUAUCUGAUCCACCUACACCCUCUCUGAAAUUGCUGACUCAGUGGCCGGAUGUGUUCGAGGAAGAGAUACUGGCAUUUAGCUGUGAGGUUGGCAACUCUGACUGGACAUUCACUUGGUACAAGAAUAACAGGAAGCUUCAGGAUGACUACCCCCUGACUCUGGAUGAUGAGGGAACACUGCUUAACAUCACUUCGGUCGCCAAACUCCAUGAAGGAGAAUAUGCCUGCAAAGCUGAACUUGAAUCACGGGCUGUCAGCUCUGGCUUCAGUAACACAGUUGCUGUCACAGUAUAUGAUAACGUACCAAAAGCUAAAUUGCACAAGGCUCCUGGUUUUAAACACAUGUAUGUUGGAGAAACAGUGACCUUCACCUGCAAUGUUGACGUGUCCACUGGCUGGGAGUAUGAGUUGUACAAGGGGGAGGAUGAUCUGCCUAUCACCAACAGUUUUCCCGUUGAUCUCUCUAAACAAGGGAAAUACUCGUGCAAGGCCACAAGAGGCCAAAUAACAUCAACCGAAAACAGCGAGGAAAUGCAACUGGAUGUGCGCGAAAUUCCUGUUCCAUCUUUGAAGAAUAUAUCAUCAUGGUUGGAUGUGUUCCCUGAUGAGAGCAUGCAGUUGAGGUGUGGGAUGGGCAUUGGAUCUAGCUGGACCUAUACGUGGUCCAGAGAUGGACAGAAGGUCCAGGUUGAUAGUGUUGUGACCUUCGACCAGAAUGGGGCUACUCUGUCCAUCAAGUCUGCCAAACCUGCACAUGCAGGACAGUAUAAGUGCAAAGGACACCUGGAAGAGAGGUCUGUCAACAGCAUCUCUAGUUCUGGACUAACUCUAACAGUGCACAAUAAGAAACCCAGUGUAACACUGACCCAGGAGCCUGACUACAAGGUGAUGUUCUCUGGGGAGUCAGUCUCCUUUAACUGUCACAUUAAUGUCUCUUCUGGAUGGGAGUACCUGUGGUACAAAGAUGCAAAGCAACUUCCUGUAUUUGAUAAAAAGUAUUCAGUCACCUCUGUCAGCAAAACAGAUACCGGUUCAUAUAGAUGCGAAGCAAAGAGAGGCACAGCGCAACUUUCCUUCAUCAAUCCUAGUCAGGCUGUUCAACUUCAAGUUCAAGAGAACAAGCCUAAGCCCUUGAUGACUCCAGAGCCAAAUGUUACCAAGCUGUAUGUUGGAGAGCUUGUGUCUUUCAAAUGUAAAGUUGAAGUCUCGACUGGAUGGAGGUACCUUUGGUACACAAAUGGAACACAGCUACAUAUUGACACAGACAGAUUGACCUUUAAUGCCACUUUGUCAAAUAGUGGCAUUUACAAUUGCUGCGCCGUAAGAGACAAAACAAUGUACUCCACUGAGCACAGUGAAGGAUGGACAGUAGACAUUGCAGAAAUACCUCUCCCAUCUACAAAGGCAAAAACAACAUGGCUUGAUGUGUUCCCCUCUGAGAGGGUUAACAUGAGCUGUGGGAUGAAUGACAGUAAGGAAGUCACUUCUGACUGGAUGUACACAUGGUACAAAGACAACCAAAAGGUCCAGGCUGAUGAUACUACAUCUCUUGAGCCAGAUGGAACACUUUCCAUUAAAUCUGCUUCAGCUUCACAACAAGGACGAUACAGCUGCUCAGCAAAACUAAAGAGCAGAUCUGUCUACAGCAGCAACAGUUCUGGACAAACACUUGUUGUUUAUGAUACAAAACCUCAAGUCAUGCUGACUCAGACGCCUGUGUACAAUGGAAUGCACACUGGAGAUUCCGUCAGUUUUAGCUGUCACAUUAAUAUCUCAUCCGGAUGGGAAUACCUUUGGUUCAAGGAUAACCGUACCCUCGUGAAACCUGGAAACAGUUUCACCAUCAUGUCUGCUGUGAAAUCAGACUCUGGCUCAUACAAAUGCCAAGUCAGAAGAGGAAAGGACUCAGUCUUACAGUCAGACCAGAGUGAGGUGCCAAGACUCAGCAUCCAGGAGCGCCCACAGGCUAGUAUAAUCCUGUUAACUGGCUGGGCAGAGGUCUUCUCCGCUGUCACCUUGGAGCUCAAAUGUGGUGUGCAGAAAAGUCAGGACACGUGGAACUACACAUGGUUCAGAGAAGACAAACCAAUCCAAAAGAUGUCUGAGAAAUACGUAGUCACGCCACAGAAUGACCCUGAGCAGAGUCAGUACACCUGCAUGGGCAUUCGCAACGGUAGACCAUCUUAUUCAAAGCGUAGUGAACAUUUCAAGACCAAGAACCUUCUUUUGAAAAGAAGGGUGCUUCUCUCCAUUUCUGGCUUACUCUUCUUUGGGAUCAUUGCCGUCCUCUUAGGUUGUAUCGCCUUCAAAGUCUUCCGCAAACCAGCUGAUGAUGAUUACAAACCGGAAGAGGCAGACCUGUUCGUCUCCAUGUCUCGUCAAAAGGGUGUCGAUGUGCCCUGUCCACUGGUUGAGUUCAUCACAGAUGCAGCACUGAAAGCUUCAUCUCAAGAAGGGGAAGAGAAUGGUACAAUUUGCAAUGAAACAACACCAUUACCAAUAACCUCACAGGAAGACCAAGCUGUGGCGACUGAGGGCCCUGAUACAGCAGAAAACAACGGAGGGCUGGUUUCCUUCAAACAUUGACAUUCUGUUAACUGAUGAAAACCAUGUGAGCCUUUACUGGCCAUCACAUGAGGACAACCAUUUUUGGGGGUGUUAGACCAAGAUCUGUAUCCUGACAUUUAAAGAAAAAGAAGGAGAAAGAAAUGAGUUGAGAGUUUUAGUUUGAAUGUUGAAAAGCAUGUGAUGCAUUGACACACCAUGAUGAUACUAGCUAGCUUACCAGCUAGCUAAUGAAUUUUAGCUUGAUGAUGCGUAAUGAGUGGAUGUUGUGAUAUUAUUGGUUGAUGUUGGUCAAGCCUGUUUGUUUUUUUUUCUUUUAUUUAUUUUUUUGGCCUUUUUGCCUUUUUUAUAUGUUAGGACAGCCAAAGAGACACAGGAAAUGUGGGGAGUAGAGAGUGGAGGAAGACAUGCAGGAAUGGUCGUCCGGCUGGGAACCGAACCGGCGACCCCUGCGACGAGGACUUUAGCCUCUGUAUGUGGGACGCUUAGACCCACAUACAGCGCCCCUCAAGCCUGUUUUUUACAGGGAGAAAUAAUAGUGGCUUUUUACAUGAAUAUAAAGAGAUUUAUAGUUUAUUUUGUAAGCAUAUGUUUUGUAAAAGCACAAUAUUAACAGAAACUUAUAUCAGAAGUGUUGAAAACCAAUUUUCAUUAAAUUUGAGCUUUUAAGGUCAUUUAUUGUAGUUAUCCUGUUAGGGCUGUAAAUGUCAGAAUUUAUCAGAUGGUUGAGGAUAUAUUACAAUUGAACUCAUAGACCUUAUGUAUGAUGUAAACGUGUCAUAAAUGUGACAAGAUUGUUGUCUGCACUGAACAUUUCUUCAUAUCACAAUGCUGCUGUACAUAUUAACGUUUUUAUGUAUGGAUUGACUUUUUAAGGUACUGUUAAAGAACCAAACAUUAUUUAUGUAAUAAACAUUUACAAUAGGUAGCUGAUAGGUAGCUUUUAUGUAUGCACUGUAGGUAUGUGUUGAUGUGUAGAAGAAUAUAGCAAUCAACCUUUAGUUAAUGUUUUAAUUCAUGUAACAAACACCAGAGGUCAGUAGAUAGAAGUUAGUCUUCACAAAAGCUUGACUGUUUGCAUAUGGUAGGAUUUUUAUCCAAAGUACAGCUACAGUAAUGCCAUUCAAGCAUUUUGUGUCUCUUUAUGAAAUUAUCAAAAUAAAAAAUAUAAAAUAAAA